AUGGUCCAUCAUCAGGACCACUCGGUAGGCACCUACCCCGCCGGCAUUGGCGAGGAGAUUGUCCGCACUCUGUCUGGCGAGUCACGACGACAACAACAGAUGCGCGACAUCGACUUGGAUUCCAGAAGUGAGCACUUCGGCUCUGAAGGUACGGACGAGAAGUCCAUGGACAAGGGCCAGGAAGACCAUUCCAGAUGGCAUAUGGAGCAAGAAGUGCAAGGACUCCGGCAACGUGACGAAGCAGACGGAGGGAAGCAAAGAAAACUCGGAGUCACAUGGCAGAACCUCACCGUCAAGGGCGUCAGCAGCGACGCCACCUUCAACGAGAACGUGCUCUCGCAGUACAAUCCCUUCGGCAAGGGAAACAAGAACGUUCCUAUGAAGACCAUCAUCGACAACUCGCACGGCUGCGUCAAGCCCGGAGAGAUGCUGCUUGUCCUCGGCCGCCCCGGUGCAGGAUGUACGUCGCUGUUGAGCAUGCUCUCAAACCGCAGACUUGGAUACGCCGAGAUCACCGGCGAUGUCAAAUACGGAAGCAUGGACCACAAGGCAGCAGAGGCCUACCGCGGCCAGAUCGUCAUGAACACAGAAGAGGAGAUCUUCUUCCCCGCCUUGACCGUCGCCCAGACCAUGGACUUCGCCACUCGCAUGAAGGUUCCUUUCCAUCUGCCUCCCGGAGUCAGCACUGCCGAAGAGUACGCCCGGCUCAACAAGGAAUUCCUACUCAAGUCCAUGGGCAUUUCGCACACUGAGGACACGAAGGUCGGCAACGAGUUUAUCCGUGGUGUUUCCGGUGGGGAGCGGAAGCGUGUGUCCAUCGUCGAAUGCAUGGCCACUCGCGGCAGCGUCUUUUGCUGGGACAACUCGACACGUGGUCUUGAUGCCAGCACCGCUCUUGAGUGGGCCAAGGCCAUGCGCGCCAUGACCGACGUUCUUGGACUCACAACCAUUGUGACCCUCUACCAAGCAGGCAACGGAAUCUACAACCAGUUCGACAAGGUCCUCAUCCUCGAUGAGGGAAAGCAGAUCUACUACGGCCCGCAGAAGGAGGCCGUCCCCUUUAUGGAAGAGCUUGGAUUUGUCUGCGACCCCUCUGCUAACCACGCCGACUUCCUGACCGGUGUCACCGUCCCCACUGAGCGUCGCAUUGCGCCUGGCUAUGAGAACAGAUUUCCCCGCAACGCGGACGAGGUCCUUGCCGCCUACGACCGCUCGCCCAUCAAGCCGAAGAUGAUUGCCGAAUACAACUACCCAGAGACUGAGGAGGCCAAGCAGAACGUAGCCGACUUUGUGGAGAUGACUCAACGGGAAAAGCACAAGAGCGUGAACAAGAACUCGCCGUUGACAACCGGUUUCUUCACACAAGUAAAGGCCUGUGUCAUCCGCCAGUACCAGAUCUUGUGGGGUGACAAGGCAACAUUCAUCCUGAAGCAAGUCUCGACCCUCGCCCAAGCCCUUAUCGCCGGUUCGCUCUUCUACAAUGCUCCCGAUAACUCUGGUGGCCUCUUUGUCAAGGGCGGCGCUCUGUUCUUUUCUCUGCUGUACAACUCCUUGCUUGCCAUGUCCGAGGUCACCGACUCGUUCUCUGGCAGACCGGUUCUGGCUAAGCAUCGCUCCUUCGCUCUGUAUCACCCAGCCGCCUUCUGUAUCGCGCAGAUAGCAGCCGAUAUACCGGUCUUACUCUUCCAAAUCACCCACUUCGGCCUCGUCAUCUACUUCAUGGUUGGCCUGAAGGCGACGGCUGCCGCCUUCUUCACCUACUGGGUUGUCAACUUUGCGGUGACGGUGACCAUGACGGCGCUGUUCCGCCUGAUUGGUGCUGCUUUCCCCACCUUCGAUGCUGCCUCAAAAGUGUCUGGCUUCCUCGUUUCUGCGUACAUCAUGUACACUGGCUACAUGAUCGCCAAGCCCAACAUGCACCCGUGGUUCGUUUGGAUCUUCUGGAUCGACCCUCUCUCCUAUGGAUUCGAGGCUCUUCUGGCGAAUGAGUUCCACAACAAGAUCAUUCCCUGUGUUGGCGUCAACAUCGUGCCCGGAGGGCCCGGAUACGGCACGGGUGACGGCGGUCAGGCCUGCGCUGGCGUUGGCGGUGCGCAGGUCGGCUCGACCAACGUGACUGGCGAUGAGUAUCUUUCGUCCCUCUCUUACAGCCACAGUCAUGUCUGGCGCAAUUUUGGUAUCCUCUGGGCCUGGUGGGUCUUGUUCGUUGCCCUGACCAUCUUCUUCACCACCAAGUGGAAGCAGAUGGGUGAGGGCGGUCGCAGUCUCCUCAUCCCCCGUGAGCAACAGCACCUUGUCAAGCACCUGCAGCCUCAAGACGAGGAAACGCAGGCUACAGAGAAGCCCUCGAACCAGUCUGCUUCUGACGCCUCGGAAGACACCCUGAACAACCAACUCAUCCGCAACACGAGCGUUUUCACCUGGAAGAACUUGACCUACACCGUCAAGACUCCCCAUGGCGACCGUGUACUCCUCGACAAUGUCCAAGGCUACGUGAAGCCGGGUAUGCUUGGCGCUCUCAUGGGUUCUUCGGGUGCCGGUAAGACCACUCUCCUGGACGUCCUCGCCCAACGCAAGACCGACGGCACUAUCCACGGUUCCAUCAUGGUCGACGGCCGCCCUCUCCCCGUCUCGUUCCAGCGGUCCGCCGGAUACGUCGAACAGCUUGAUGUGCACGAAUCCCUGGCCACCGUCCGGGAAGCCCUGGAGUUUUCUGCCCUUCUCCGCCAAUCACGUGAGACACCACGGGAGGAGAAGCUUCGCUAUGUUGAUACCAUCAUCGACCUCCUCGAAUUGCACGACCUUGAGCACACCCUUAUCGGCCGCCCUGGUGCUGGUCUUUCCGUUGAACAGCGCAAGCGUCUGACCAUCGGCGUUGAACUCGUCUCCAAGCCCAGCAUCUUGAUCUUCCUCGACGAACCCACCUCUGGUCUCGACGGCCAAGCCGCUUACAACACGGUCCGCUUCCUACGAAAGCUGGCAGAGGUCGGCCAAGCGGUACUCGUGACCAUCCACCAGCCCAGUGCUCAGCUCUUCGCGCAGUUCGACACGCUCCUCCUCCUGGCUAAGGGUGGAAAGACGGUUUACUUCGGCGACAUCGGCGACAACGCCAAUACCAUCAAGGAUUAUUUCGGCCGCUAUGGCGCGCCCUGUCCGCCCGAGGCCAACCCCGCCGAGCACAUGAUUGACGUGGUGUCCGGCCAGCUCUCCCAGGGUCGUGACUGGAACAAGGUAUGGCUAGAGUCUCCAGAGCACUCGAAGGUGACGCAGGAGCUCGACGACAUGAUCGCCGAGGCAGCCUCCAAGCCACCCGGCACGGUCGACGACGGACACGAGUUCGCGGCGCCCAUGUGGGAGCAAGUCAAGCUGGUGACGCACCGGAUGAACGUGGCGCUGUACCGCAACGUCGAUUACAUCAACAACAAGGUCGCUCUGCACGUCGGCUCGGCCCUCUUCAACGGCUUCUCGUUCUGGAUGAUCGGCGACAGCGUCGGCGACCUGCAGCUGAAGCUCUUCACCGUCUUCAACUUCAUCUUCGUCGCCCCGGGCGUCAUCGCGCAGCUGCAGCCCCUCUUCAUCGACCGCCGCGACAUCUACGAGACGCGCGAGAAGAAGAGCAAAAUGUACCACUGGGCGCCCUUCGUCACCGGCCUCGUCGUCUCCGAGAUCCCGUACCUGAUCGUCUGCGCGGUGCUGUACUUCGUGUGCUGGUACUACACGUGCGGCUUCCCUAACACGGCGCAGUACGCCGGCAGCACCUUCUUCGUCAUGCUCAUGUACGAGUUCGUCUACACGGGCAUCGGCCAGAUGAUCGCCGCGUACGCGCCCAACGCCGUCUUCGCGUCGCUCGUCAACCCCGUCAUCAUCGGCACGCUCGUGUCUUUUUGCGGCGUGCUGGUGCCGUAUGCCCAGAUCCAGGAGUUCUGGCGAUACUGGAUCUACUGGCUCAACCCCUUCAACUACCUCAUGGGCGCCCUCCUCACCUUCACCACCUGGGAAGCCAAGGUGCAGUGCGCCGCCCACGAAUUCGCCGUCUUCGACCCGCCCGCCAACCAGACCUGCGGCGAGUACCUCGCCGACUACCAGCAAGGGAUGGGCAUGCUGUCGAACCUCGUCAACCCGGCGGCCGACAGCGGCUGCAAGGUCUGCCAGUACCGGACCGGCGCCGACUACCUGUACACGAUCAACAUCAAGGAGUACUACUACGGCUGGCGCGACGCGGCGAUCGUGGUGAUCUUCGUCAUCAGCAGUUACUCGCUGGUGUUUGGGUUGAUGAAGCUGAGGACGAAGGCGACGAAGAGGGCGGAGUAA